GGGCGGUAUAAAAAGGGUAGGGUAUAGGGUAUAAAAAUGCACCCGCUUUCGCUUGAAGUUCAUAAAAUUCAGAGGACACACCAAGAUGUGGAUCAGCUUUCUUGCGAUUCUGGUUCUGGCCAAGACCGCCUUCUCAGCCCGUCCGUGCGGCUGGACACCUGUCAAUCAAAGAGUCAUCGGAGGCGUCAAUGCCCAAAGUGGGGCGUGGCCUUGGCAGAUUGCCCUAGAGAGAUCUGGAAGUUUUAUUUGCGGAGGAUCGCUGGUCAGCCCCACAUGGGUGGUCACCGCAGCUCAUUGCAUCGCAGGAUCUAGUCACACACCGAGCUACAAGGUCGUCACCGGAGAACACAUUCGUAACUCGCCCGAGGGCACCGAACAGACCCACGAUGUCAAGAGAAUCAUCACGCAUCCCACGUACAACAGUCCUCAACUCAGCAACGACAUCGCCCUCAUCGAGCUCUCCAGCCCAGUCCCCCUCAGCGACAGGGUGAACCCCGUCUGCCUUCCACCACAGGGUCACCAAGUUUCUGUGGGCUCUAAAUGUUUCAUCACGGGAUGGGGAAAAAUCAGACACCCCGGAGGAUCUCAUCACAUUCUCCAGCAAGCCAUGAUGCCGCCCCUUAGCCAAGACGCGUGUAAGAAGAAGGUCCAACAGGCCGGAUUCGGUAUUCAGAUCACCGACUCCAUGGUCUGUGCUGGAGUCCCCGGAAGUGUCGUCAGCGGUUGCCAUGGUGAUAGCGGUGGCCCAUACGUGUGCAUACAGCCCGAUGGUCGCUACGUGUUACAGGGUGACGUCAGCUGGGGUUCAGGUCGCUGCGACAGUAGUCAGAUGUUCACGGUUUUCGGGCGCGUGGCUCACUUCAGGAACUGGAUCGACCGGCACAUGUCAGGUGGUACACCGCAGACCCCACCCCCACCACAAACACCACCUCCACCCCAGACCCCUGCGCCGCCACAGACGCCAGCACCACCUUCAGGACAAACAAAAUUCUCUUGCAACUUCGACACCGACAUGUGUGGUUUUGUGCAGUCAAAAUCGGACAAGUUUGAUUGGCAAAAGUCUAGAACAGGGACUCCUUCAUCUAACACUGGCCCAACUUCCGACCACACCGGCAACGGGGGAUAUUUCUUGUAUAUCGAGACCUCAUUUCCUCGCCAGCCUGAUGAUAACGCUGUAAUCGAGAAGACUGGUCUGUCACUUGACGGCUGUACAAAGAUCAGCUUUUUCUACCAUAUGCAAGGGCGGGACAUCAACCGUCUCACAGUGAGGGUCGGGAAAACGGUCAUUUUCGAGAAGACCGGGCAUCAGGGCGGAGAUUGGAAAAAAGCUGUGGUUGACUUUAAUGGCGUCGGCCCUUACUCGCUCUUUUUCGAAGGAGUUCGUGGAAAGGAUUGGCAGGGAGACAUAGCCAUUGAUGACAUAAAGGUUGUCUCGUGCAACACGGCUCAAACAACAGUGAAACCAACAGCUAAACCGAUGAUUCCGGUGAGCUGCAACUUCGACACCGACACUUGUGGCUUUUCCCAGGCCUCCUCUGACAAGUUCGACUGGAGACGGCAUUAUGGAAGUACAGCUUCUUAUCAAACAGGGCCCUCCGCAGAUCACACCACGACUAAAGGCUAUUACAUGUACAUCGAAACAUCGCACCCGAGAAGAUUUGGCGACAACGCAAUUCUCCAGAAAGACGUAGACCUUGCAGGUGGAGACGCGUGCUUGAAGUUCUACUACCACAUGUACGGCAAGGACAUCAACACCCUCAACGUGUACCUCGACGGCACCAAGAUCUUCACCAGGUCAGGUGCGCAAGGCAACAUGUGGCACGAGGCGAACGUCAGGAUUACACAGGGCGGGAUACACACGCUGAUGUUUGAGGGUAUCGUUGGUUAUAGUUACCAAGGAGAUAUCGCUAUUGAUGACGUCACUAUCAAGUCAUGUGCGACACGUCCACCAUUCCCUACAACUCAGGCACCAGUUGCCUCGUGUGGCGUUCGUCCGAGCACGCGCAUCGUGGGGGGAACCGCUGCCAAACAGGGCGAUUGGCCAUGGCAGGCUCAGCUUAGAAGCACCUCAGGGUUCCCGUUUUGCGGAGGCUCUCUGAUUCAUCCUCAAUGGGUUUUGACGGCGACACACUGCGUGUCUAGUAGGAGACCCACGGAUCUUAACAUCAGGCUUGGCGCUCAUAAUAGACGAGCAAACCUCGGGAUGGAGCAAGACAUUAAAGUUGAAAAAAUCAUCAUGCACCCAGGAUAUCGAAAACCUGUAGGACUUGCGCACGACAUUGCACUCAUCAAACUGCUCAAGCCGGCUAACUUAAACAGACAUGUUAACCUGGUGUGCCUGCCCGAUGCUGUCCCCGCGCCUACUGAUGGUACUCGCUGCUGGAUCACGGGGUGGGGUCGCCUGGCGUCCGGUGGUACAGCCCCGGACAUCCUCCAGCAAGCCUCGGUCCCUGUGGUGAGCCGGGCUCGUUGUGAGAAGGCUUACCCUGGUAAGAUCCACGACUCAAUGCUCUGCGCAGGUCUCGACCAGGGUGGAAUAGACACCUGCCAGGGAGAUUCUGGCGGGCCGAUGGUGUGUGAGAGUCGGGGGCGGUUCUACAUCCACGGAGCAACCAGCUGGGGAUAUGGCUGCGCUCAGCCGGGCAAAUUUGGCGUCUAUGCGCAUGUCAAGAAUCUAGUCGCGUGGGUCAGGUCUGAGAUGGCCAGGAAUUAAAAUUAUCUUAGAAAGAAGUCUGGGACUAAAUCUAAUGAAUUGUAUAACUACUGAGGGAAAUAAAUUAUCAUAUGCAAA